AUGGAGGUCUUCUCGUCUCGUCCUGCCAGUAGCACGGAGUCGACGUCACGGUCUUCUUCACAUUACUAUUAUGUUGGCUCCUCUGAAGCUGAAGCUGAAGCUGAAUCUAUUGACCAAAGUGCUUCCAGUGACAUUACAUGUCAGUGGCACGACUCUAGAGAAGUGCUAGCUAUGACGGAAGAGCAAAAAGCAGAAAAGCAGCCACUCCCGUGGCUUGAAGAGCCCGUUGAUGAAGUGCAGUCGGCGUUCUCAAAACUUGACAAAACCUUGGAUGAGAUAUAUGUUGUGGCAAAGGAUCUUGAGGAGGAUGAAAAUAGUGCUUCAGAAUACUCAUCCGACGAACAUGAGGCUGCCGCCGCGGACACCAUAACACCAUCUGGCCUUCUCCUCAGUGUCCACCCUUCAAUGGCAACACGCAUCAAAAUCCUCCAGCACUUCCUCCUCGAUGUCCUCAUCUUCAUGUAUUCUAUUACCUCUUCGUCCCUCUCCUCCGCCGCCAAGCAAAGCAAGCACGAAUUCUUCCAGAGUCCAUAUGGCGGACCAUGCCUUAUGAAGGUUCUUGAGCGCGAAAAGAUACUUUACCUCUCUCACAUUGUCUUGAAGCCAAUACUCGACACUUACGAAGCUCAUGUCGUUCAGGAAUACGUGGUCCAGCCAAGCGAGAAGCUGUGCAUACCGAUGGAAUGCGUGAUCGAGCAGCUGCAAAAUUACUUUUGGCACCAAUGCACACCCGUGAAUCGUCAUAAAGCGAUUCCGUAUCAGCUCGCCGCGCUUUGUCGAGACGACGUCUUGUUGAGGAAGACAAGAAGACAGACGCUAGCCGGCCGCCUCGCUACUGAUGAGUACAUGGCACUGAAGGUGACAGACACAAAAGAUUUGCAGGCCGCUCUUAGCAGGAAGAUCCGGGGCUUUGGAAUCGAUGCAUUGGGAACAGGAUGGACCGAAGAAUUUGUGCAUCUUUUGAGGUCCCCAUGGACAAGUCGGGAGUCAAGGAACUUCAAAGUUGAACUCGAAGUGGCGCUGGCUGGCGAUAGAGAGCUGGCAGAAUAUGCAGCCUCACAGGAUGGGCCGGAUGGGACCCAAGAACAGUACGAGGAUGCGAAGAUGGAGUGGCAGAGGGCAAAGAAAGAGCGAGAUUAUGAGAAGGUUGGAGACGAAGCAAGGCGACGUAGUGUACAAAGUCGUCCUGCCUUAACGAAGGUAGAGAACGAUCCCUCGGAGACUGAGGAUGAUUCAAGUGCACGGAGCAUUGCAGAAGAUUCAGUCUCAUCGGCGGAUCUAUACUCCGACCCAUGA